AUGGCUGCCGCCAGAGAACACGAACCGCGAGCCAUCCUCAUGCGCGUCUGCGUCACGUUCCUCCUCUUCGCCGCGGUACUCGUAGGAAGCGCCACCGCAGCGCCGGGCGCUGCGAGCUCCGCACCGUCGCCGUCCCCCCGAAAAUCCCAAGGCCUCCUCAACCGAUUCAACCUGUGGCGCAAUAAAUUUUCGCUCAAGCCCCCGGCACCCACUGGCGCUGCUGCUGCUACAGGCGGAGCCGUCGGCGGGGCAGCUGUAGCGGCGGCGAAGACAUUGGUGACGCCGGCUGCCACCGGCACGUGCCAGGCAUCGACUCUCGCAGGCUACACGAGCUCCGUGGACCUUUCGGGCAACGGGCUCAUCCUCCACUGGAAGACGUCAACGGGGUCAACGAUCGACCUCGCGCUCGAGGCCAAGUCAACGAGCGGCGCGGCGGGCGGGUGGAUUGCGGUGGCGUGGAGCAACGGCGGCAUGUUCAACUCCGACGCCGUCAUCGGGAACCUCGCGACGGCCAGCGGCGUCGGCACAUACGCGAUAUCCAGCUACUCGAAUGUGGUUACCACGACGCGCUUCGCCAUUACCGGCACGAGCGUUACCGCGUCGGGCGGGAGCACGAUCGCGAAGUUCACACGCGCCACGGGAGACGGGCUCGUGAAGGUGAACGCGGCGGGGAGCAACAACCUCGUGUGGGCUUACUCGUCUGGCGGCUCGAAGACUGUUGCCAACCAUGGCGGCUCGCACAGGUGCCGCAGCGCGCGCCCUCUCGCUUCAUUCGUUCGCACCGACCUCCCUUUUUUAGUUCAUUUCGCGCAGAUUAAAUCCGGUGUGCUGCUGCACUGGAAGCGCGCGUCCGCCACGCAGCUGGACAUGGCCGUGGAGCUCAAGAGCAGCAGCGGCGCCAGCAACGGCUGGUUCUCGCGCACGGCCAACACCGGUUCUCAGGGCAUGAAGAUGAGCGGCGUCAGUCGGCUCAUCUGGGCGCACUCCAACUCUAACUCCAAGUCCCUUGCCUUCCACGGCGGCGCUGAUCCCUUGCCUUCCACGGAGGCGCCGAGUGAGUUCCCCUCUGCCUCCCUUUUGUCUCUUUACCUCUACUUUCAUCUCUGUUUUCCACUCUAUGCUCAUCCCUCUUCCGCUCGGCACCUCUCGCGGUGGACUUGGGCCUUCUGCAAAACUCCACUUGUGUGCUCUGCUCUCCUUCAUCUCACCACCCUCUCUUUCUCUCCUUCUCCCUAUCACUCCCUUUAUCGCAGUGGGUACAUGUCCGUGGACUUUUCCUGUGCCACUGCCCCAUCCUCUGGCGGCGGCGGUGGGGGCGAUGGUGAUGGUGAUGGCGAUGGUGACCACGAGGGGGGUGGUGAUCAUGAUGGCGAUAGUGAUGAUGGCUUUGGCGGGGGUGGUUCCGGCGCGGGGAGCGCGUUUCUCUCGCAGCUCAUUGCUUGGCUCGGCUCGCUCUUCGGCUUCCGCAAGUAG